AUGGAUAACCAAACAAUACACAGAGACUUCCAUAUUUUAGCAUUUUCUGCAAAAGCAGAAAAGCGGAUUCUCCUUUUCAUAAUGUUUUUCUUUAUGUAUGUGAUUGGAGUGUCUGGUAACCUUCUUAUAAUUACACUGGUAUACCUAGAUAAAUAUUUGCACACCCCCAUGUAUCUUUUUCUCAGCAACCUGUCUUUACUUGACCUAUGCUUAACAACAACCAUUGUACCUAAACUCUUGGACAUAUUAUUGACAGGAAAUAACAAUAUUUCUUUCUUCCAAUGCUUCACGCAGAUGUACUUUUAUUUAAUGUUGGGCUACUCUGAAAUUUUCAUAUUGUCCUCCAUGGCAUACGAUCGUUCUGUUGCCAUUUGUAGCCCUUUACACUACAACCUUAUCAUGACCAAUGAAAAAUGCAUCUUGAUUUUGGGAAUCAUCUGGAUGACUGCGCUCCUAAACUCAACAUUUUGCACAUAUCUUAUAGCAAAUGUUUCUUUGUGUCAUUCCAAAGAGAUCCAUAAUUUCUACUGUGAUGCUAAAGGUCUGAUUAAAACAGCCUGCAGUGAUAUAAGUUUCCGUUAUCUGCUUUUAGCUGAAACUAUUUUUUUUAUACUUUCUCCAUUUUUGCUCAUUAUCAUAUCUUAUAUUAAAAUAAUAUAUAGCAUCCUACAAAUUAACUCAGUAAAGAGUAGACGAAAAACCUUUUCUACCUGCACAUCUCAUAUUACUGUAGUAACUCUUUUCUUUGGGUCUGCACUUUGCAUAUACUUCAGACCAUCUUCAGAGCAUUUAGUAAAACUUGACCAGGUCUUUUAUGUGAUUUUUACCACUGUGACCCCCAUAUUGAAUCCUUUAAUAUAUAGUAUACGGAACAAAAACAUAAAGACUUCUAUAAAGAGGCUUUUUGGUUGUAAAUUCUUAUGA